AUGCAGAUGAUUAAAACACCUCAUCUUGCGUCAUUUGACCAGAUCAAAUGGGUGGACAACAAAUCCCAUUCUCAUGAAGGCAAACUUAAUAAGCACUUUGAAAUUCAAACUUCUCAUCAACCACUUCAAGUUCUUUCAGUCUUUUUCAGUCUCCACAGCAACAAACGCUCCAGCAAUGACGAGAACAACUCACAAUGCUACAUCAACAACUACUGCAGAGGAAUUUACAUCUUCAUGUCAGAAACUGUUUUGAGAAAAGUUUUUUUAGAUCAAAUAUGUUUACCUAGAUUACAUUUGAGUAUGAUGAGAAUCGGAAAUCAUUGA